GAGGCAGGCACGGACAGGGCACGGAGCUCGGCGCGCGCGAUGGUCACGCCUGCCUCCUCCGCGCGCGCCGCUGCCCAGUUUUCGCCUGCCUUCCUCCGUCUCCGCCAUGGCGAAACGCAAGUCGCUCGCAGCUGACCCGGAGCUCGACUCGGACGGCGAGGACGCCAGCGAACGCAGCCUCGUGGACGUCGAUUUCGACUUUUUCGAUCCGCACCCGGACGUCGACUACCUCGCCCUCAAGCGGCUCGCAACACAGCUCUUCCAGGGCGACGCAGAACUCCUCCAUGUCAAUGAUCUUGCGGACCUCAUUCUGUCCCAACCGCUUGUCGGCACUACCGUCAAAUGUGACGGCCGGGAGAGCGACCCAUACGCCGUUCUGACUGUCCUCAACAUGCAAGUACACCAAAAUCACCCCUCGAUCAAAGCAUUGACGGAAUAUGCGUUGGCCAAAUCCUCGGCCGACCCUGCAUUCCAUGGCGCUUUGCAGAAUCUGCUCGAUCCUGCGUCCUCAUCUCAUGUUGGAUUUGUCUUCUCCGAGAGGCUGAUCAACAUGCCCGUACAAGUCAUGCCGCACAUGUACCGCAUGCUUACAGACGAGAUACAAUGGGCACUGGAUGAUAACGAGCCGUACAACUUCACGCACCUGCUCGUGAUGUCGCGAAUAUACCGCCUCUCGCCGGAAGAAGAGGCUGAGUUGCAGGGUCCGGCCCCGCGCUCCAAGCGACAAAAGCAGAUUGCCCAACAACCCUCAUCCGGUGGGGUGUACCCUUUCCAUCCAGAGGAUGAACAGAUACAAAAGAUUGCUUUGCACUCACUCGAUUACAACUUCACAAAUACUAAGCCGCGUGAGGAGAAUGGGUUCGGUUUGGAUAUGGGUGGGCGGAUGAUGCUCGUUCCCGCUGCAAGACUACGUGAACUUGUUUCCAUAUUACAGAACGCUUAUCCGCCUCCCUCAUGAUGGCGAUGAGAUGCAUAGAUUCACCCACCCGUGUACUCUCAUGACACCACCAAACCCCAUAGCCUGUCGACUCGGCGUUAUAUCGUUGGACGACCGAAGACGGUAACUUCGUAAGAAGUCAGUUAUUGCAUGCACAGAAGCUUGCUUGCGUUUUCUGUGCUUUCGAAUACAUGAUGCAUGACGCUGGUGGAUCAGCUCCGCUUUUGACUGCGUCGCUGCACACAUA